AGACUCCCGGCGGUCUCCGCGGCGCGGGCUGGCGCGGGCGCACGCCGCAGGCCCGCACGGUCCCCGCCCGGGGGCGGGAUGGCGGCCAGCCUGUGGAUGGGAGACCUGGAACCCUACAUGGAUGAGAACUUCAUCUCUAGAGCCUUUGCCACCAUGGGGGAGACCGUGAUGAGCGUCAAAAUUAUCCGAAACCGCCUCACUGGAAUCCCAGCUGGCUACUGCUUUGUGGAAUUUGCAGAUUUGGCCACAGCCGAGAAGUGUUUGCACAAAAUUAACGGGAAACCCCUUCCAGGAGCCACACCUGCAAAACGUUUUAAACUGAAUUAUGCCACUUACGGAAAACAACCAGACAACAGCCCUGAGUACUCCCUGUUUGUGGGGGACCUGACCCCCGACGUGGAUGAUGGCAUGCUGUAUGAGUUCUUUGUCAAAGUCUACCCCUCCUGCCGCGGAGGCAAGGUGGUUUUGGACCAGACAGGCGUGUCUAAGGGCUAUGGUUUUGUGAAAUUCACAGAUGAAUUGGAACAGAAGCGAGCCCUGACGGAGUGCCAGGGAGCAGUGGGACUGGGCUCUAAACCUGUGCGGCUGAGUGUGGCCAUCCCCAAAGCGAGCCGAGUAAAGCCAGUUGAGUACAACCAGAUGUACAGUUACAGCUACAACCAGUAUUACCAGCAGUACCAGAACUACUAUGCGCAGUGGGGCUAUGACCAGAACACGGGCAGCUACAGCUACAGCUACCCCCAGUACGGCUACACGCAGAGCACCAUGCAGACAUAUGAAGAGGUCGGGGAUGAUGCACUGGAAGAUCCAGCGCCACAGCUAGAUGUGACCGAGGCCAACAAGGAAUUCAUGGAACAGAGCGAGGAACUGUAUGAUGCACUGAUGGACUGUCACUGGCAGCCCCUGGACACUGUGUCUUCAGAGAUCCCUGCCAUGUUGUAGCUAGGACGUGGGGUAGACUUCUAGUGGGGCAAUGGCUACUUUUCUAUUGACACUUCUUUUUGAAAUGGUUUGUAAUGGUUUAAUAAAUUACUUUCCUGAGAUUGUGA